CGUUAAUUAAUUUCAGCGCUACAUAAAUAAGCUUGAUGAUCGGCCACUGUCUUCCCCCCAUCGCUCCCUCGCCCUGCCCCUUUAGCUUCCUCCUAAUUUCUCCUGUUCUUGCCUCCUUUAAUCAGUUAAUUAGUCCUAAUUAAUAUAUAAUUGGAGAUCAUGAGCACGAUCCAGGUGAACGGGCAGUCUGUCGUUCCACCGGGCUUCCGUUUCCACCCCACAGAGGAGGAGCUCCUCUCCUACUACCUCCGCAAGAAGGUCUCCUCCCAGAAGAUCGACCUCGACGUCAUCCGCGACGUCGAUCUCAACAAGCUCGAGCCAUGGGACAUCCAAGAGAAGUGUAGGAUCGGGUCGUCGACGCCACAGAGCGACUGGUACUUCUUCAGCCACAAGGACAAGAAGUAUCCUACUGGCACCCGCACGAACCGCGCCACCGCCGCAGGCUUCUGGAAGGCCACCGGCCGCGACAAGCUCAUCUACUCCGCCGCCCACCGGAUCGGAAUGAGAAAGACGCUAGUGUUUUACAAAGGCCGCGCCCCCCAUGGCCAGAAGUCCGACUGGAUCAUGCACGAGUACAGGCUAGAUGAACACCCCCAAGAUCUCGUCCACAUCGGUGGCGCAAUGGGAGAAUCGACGACGAAUCACCCAAUCAGUGAUCAUAACCAAGAUGAAGGUUGGGUAGUGUGCCGGGUGUUCAAGAAGAAGAACAUGCACCACCACCACCACAAGUCCAGCAUCGACGCCGGCGCCAACAACUCUUCCUCGGCUACUAGUCGCUGCGAUGACGGCGGCGGCGCAUUGGAUCAGAUUCUCCAAUUCAUGGGUACUAGACCGUGCAAGUGGGAACGCGGUACGAUCAGCUGCAGUCGUAGCGGCGGCGUUGGCGAUCGCCGCCCCAGGGACACCGCCGGCGGCGGGCUGCUGGAGAUGUUCAUGAAGCUACCGGCGCUCGAGAGCCCCAACAUCAAUAAUAACCCCUACUGCAGCUUUGUUCCUGUAGAUGGAUCAUGCAGCACGAAGGCCGUGGAGGAGGAGCCGAUCAGCGGAGACUGGGCUGCGUUCGACCGGCUGCUUGCCUCGCAACUCGACGGCAGCACAAAUGGCGCCGGGGAGGCAGGCUGCUUCGGGUUCGAGAUCGACUCAUCUUCCGGCUGCGGAACACUUGUGGAGGAGAAUGAGGAGGAUGUGUACCGUCCACGAGGGGAUGGCGAUCUGUGGAGCUUGACCAGGACAACGUCGGCGAUGUCAGACAACAUGAGCGGUGCCUCCCGGUAGAAAGAACGGCCGUCCGGCCGGCCGGCUCACAAAUCAGAGGAAGUGGAACGGAAAUUUAACACAAAAUUAGAGCGAGCGAUUGGGAAAUUUUAUUCUAGCAGAACCAACAUUCCAUCAAAAAUUAAUUAAAUAAUAAUUUCAUGUCGAUCGAUCACGAUAUGGAGUGUGCAUUCAGCAGUGUAUUGUGUGAAUAUAUGGAAUGGUACUAAUGAUGUAUAUAUACGCACGUGCAUGUUAAUUAUAUGAUGAAUGAAUGACGACACUA